AGCUCUUCAUGCUGUAGGUGUCGCGCCUGCAAUACUAUUGUGGUUGCUUUCUCAUUUGCCAGUCGCUUUCCGAGACCCUUUUUAAAAGAGAAAUAUUAUUCUCAUCAUUCCCCUCUUCUUUCGCGUUGUUUUGCGGCUUCGUUUUCGAAGUAGAAGACCAAGAAUUCACCUUUUCGUUGCUGCUUUUCUCCUCGCUUCCUCGCUUCCUCGCUAUCCUUUUUCAUCACCCUUUAGCGGGUCGAAGAGCGCAACAUGCACGCUCUCUCUCGCGACUUGCAGAUCUACGCCAGCGAUAAGCGGCGGCGGCCGGCGAUCGUGUACCAGCCGAACAUGACGGCGAUCUCUGCGAAUCUGAAGGAGUUGUUUGAGGCGUCCUUCUGCGACCCCGAAACAAGCGACUUCCUCACUAAAUCCCGCGAUGUGAGUCUGUGGAAACUGAUGGUGGGCGAUUUCCUUUCUCUCUUUCUCUCUCGCACCACUGCCCACGGCCUGGUCGGUCGCGGUGGCAUGUUUGUGUACUCAAACGAGCAGGUGCGAACGCUGCUGCGGCCGCCACACACACCCGCCUCGGCGCCGCUGCCCCCGUCUUUCCAGUGGGACACGUUGCUCGACAUCGGUGCUGGCGACGGUGGCGUGACGGCGAGGAUGGCGCCCCUCUUCCGCAAGGUGUACGCGACGGAGUUCUCUGCCUCGAUGCGCUGGCGGCUGCGUCGUCGCGGGUACGAGGUGCUGCCACACGAGACCCCGUUUGUGGUGAAUGCUGCUGCGGAGCCGGUGGAGCGCCGCUACUUCGAUGUGAUUGCGUGCAAUAACGUGCUCGAUCGUGCCGAUAAACCGGAGACGUUGCUGCGUGACAUGCGGGACUCCUUGAAGCCUGGCGGGUUCCUGGUCCUCGCGGUUGUCUUGCCGUGGUGCCCGUUCGUGGAGGACGGUCCACGACAGAAGGCGCCGUCGGAGAAGCUGCCCAUGAAGGGCGGAGAGUGCUGCAAGGGUGCGAGUUACGAGGCGUCGGCGUCGAAGCUGUUUGAAAACGUGCUCAUUCCCAUGGGAUUUGAGCUGGUGCGUUGGACUCGGUUGCCGUACCUCUGCGAGGGGAACCUACGCAACGAGUACGCGUUGUUGAAUGACGCUGUGUUUGUGCUUCAAAAGAAGUCGUCUGCCGCUUAA